AUAUGGGCUGCAACCUCUCGGUCCAGUGCCCCGGCAGCGACGUGCGCGGCAAGUCCGUCGACGACCUCGCGCCGCUCAAGGCCAAGAAGGCGCAGGUCAUGGCCUGCACGCGCUUCGCGGCCGCGUACACGCUCGGGCCCAAGAUCGGUGAAGGCGCCUUCUCGGUCGUGCGCCGGGGCACGCACGUCGCGACGGGUGCCACCGUUGCUGUCAAGUGCUUGGACCUCAAGCAAGUCUCGGCCAUGGACCUCGUGAGCAUCCAGCGCGAGGUCUCGAUCCUCAAGCAGCUCAACCACCCGCACGUGAUCCGGUGCCACGCCUUCUUCCUCGAAGAGAACUGCGGCUACAUCGUCACCGACCUCAUGGAAGGCGGCGACCUCUUUGACCGCAUCGUCGACAAGACGGUGUACACGGAGCUUGAGGCCAAGAACGUUGUCCGCGCGCUCCUCGAAGCGGUCGCGUAUUGUCACGACAUGCACAUUGUCCACCGUGACCUCAAGCCGGAAAACAUCCUCUUGAGCUCCCGCGGCGACGACGCCGUCAUCAAGAUUGCCGACUUUGGCCUGGCCAAGGACGACGCGUACCUCACGACCAUGUGCGGGUCACCGGCCUACGUCGCGCCCGAAGUGCUCGUCUCGACCAAGGCGCCGUACGACAAGGCGGUCGACAUUUGGUCCAUCGGCGUCAUCACGUACGCGCUGCUUUGCGGCUUUUUGCCGUUUUUCGACAAGAAUCCCGCAAAGAUGUUUCGCAUGAUCAAGGCCGGCGCCUACGCGUUCCCGUCGCCGCACUGGGACCUCAUCUCUCCGAGUGCCAAGGCCUUUGUCGCCCGCAUGCUCGUGGUGGUACCCUCGGAGCGGGCGUCAGCGCACACGCUGCUGCAAGACGCGUGGUUCACGACGCAUGCACCGCAGGUGUACGUGCCGCUGACAACCGCCAUGACGGAGCUGCGGAAACUCAACUCGCGCCGGUCGUUGCGCUCGGCGAUCUUGACGGUCCACACCGCCAUGAAGCUCAAGCAAGCCAUCUCGCUUCCGAUGCAGUCGUAGUCGGAAUACAUUUGCGUGCGCCUAGACAAUCGAAGCUUCGGUUUUGUUCGGA